UUCUCCAAGAAAUGUCCUCCAAAUCGUUAGGGUUUCCCUGCAAUUGAAUCGUCGCCUUCCUCUUCUCCCGAGAAAACCUGUGCGGAGGAGCCAUGUCAUCCACUCGCAAGAUCAUCCUGAAGAGCUCAGACGGAGAGUCCUUCGAGGUGGAGGAGCCGGUGGCUCUGGAGUCCCAGACCAUCAAGCACUGGAUCGAGGAGAAGGGCGCCAACGACGCCAUCCCCCUCCUCAAAGUCACCAGCAAGGUCCUCUCCAAGGUCAUCGAGUACUGCAAGAAGCACGUCGACGCCGCACGCGCCUCCUCCGUCGCCGACGAUGACCUCGAGGCCUGGGACGCCAAGUUCGUCAAGGUUGACCAGGCCACUCUCUGCGAUCUCAUCCUGGCGGCAAAUUAUCUGAGCAUUGAGGGCUUGCUGGAUCUGACCUGCCAGGCUGUGGCUGACAUGAUUAUGGGGAUGACACCUGAGAAGGUCAGGGAAACAUUCAACAUCAAGAAUGACUUCACACCCGCGGAAGAGUUAGAGGUUCAAAUGGAGACCGAAUGGGUCUAUGAGUGAAAUGAAGUGCUUAGUUAAAGCCAAAGUUUUGCUCUGGGAAACUGGGUUUGCAAUUUCUAACUCGAGAUCAAUCUUCUAACUUCUUGCUCAGGCGAUUGUUCUUUGUAUCAUAUAUGGUCUUACUUUUCACAUAGCGCGAUUUUAAGAGAUGAUGGCUCUGUUUCUUGGUUGCUGCAAUGCAUUGAGGCGUCUGUUUCGCCCGUUUUACUUUGGUUAUGCAUGCUGCAGAUGUUGCUAGCUAUCUCUAGUGCACUGGAAAUUUGUGCCAAAGGAGUUCGAUGUCUGAAUACAGUUGCUUGUUAGGAAAACAAGUACCUCUAGUGGUCCUCAUGGUGUAACUGUGGUUGAUAAUGAUUGAAGGUGUUGUUUAGUUAGUUGUU